UGGGGGUGCUGUGGUUUCCCUCCCACCUGGUACGCAAGCAUGGAUCUCUGUGUGGGGUAGCUGGCUGUCCUGUGCCACCACUCUGGAGGAAGACACACUCCAGUGGUCUCCGGGCAGGGGCUUGCUGCUGUGGACACCUCACCCUGCCAGAGGGCAGGGCCUGCUGCCUCCAGGAUGGCGAGAUGGCUGCCUCGCUCCACCGACCUGGCCCGCUUCUGCCAGAAGCUCAACCGUGUGAAGACCUUGGAGGAUGACAUGAUGGAGACAUCCUUCAACAGGUGCCUUUCGACCAUCGACUUGACGCUGCUGGGCAUUGGGGGCAUGGUGGGCUCUGGGCUGUAUGUCCUCACAGGCACUGUGGCCAAGGAGAUCGCUGGCCCUGCUGUCAUUGUCUCCUUCAUCAUUGCUGGCUUUGCCUCACUCCUGGCUGCUCUCUGCUAUGCUGAGUUUGGAGCCCGGGUACCCAAGACAGGCUCUGCCUACAUGUUCACCUACGUGUCUGUGGGUGAGAUCUGGGCCUUCCUCAUCGGCUGGAACGUGCUGCUGGAGUACAUGAUCGGGGGAGCCGCAGUGGCCAGGGCCUGGAGUGGCUACCUGGACUCCAUCUUCAACCACAAGAUAAAGAACUUCACUGAGACCCAUGUGGGUGCCUGGCAGGUGCCAUUCCUGGCCCGUUACCCCGACUUUCUAGCAGCCGCCAUCCUGCUGGUAGCCACUGCCUUCAUCUCUUUCGGGGCAAAAGUGUCCUCAUGGCUCAACCAUGUCUUCUCAGCCAUCAGCAUGGGUGUCAUACUCUUCAUUCUCAUCAUGGGCUUCGUCCUUGCGCAGCCCAAGAACUGGAGUGCCCAGGAGGGUGGCUUCGCCCCAUAUGGGCUGUCAGGCAUCAUGGCCGGCACGGCCACCUGCUUCUAUGCCUUCGUGGGCUUCGAUGUCAUCGCAGCCUCCAGUGAAGAGGCCAGGAACCCGCAGCGGGCUGUCCCCAGGGCUAUCGCUUUCUCUUUGGGGCUGGCCACCGGGGCCUACAUCUUGGUGUCGGUGGUGCUGACGCUGAUGGUGCCCUGGCACACGCUGGACCCCGACUCUGCACUGGCAGAUGCGUUUUACAGGAGGGGCUAUGCCUGGGCAGGGUUCCUGGUGGCCGCUGGCUCCAUCUGUGCAAUGAACACGGUCCUGCUGAGCAACCUCUUCUCCCUGCCACGCAUCGUCUAUGCCAUGGCCGAGGACGGACUCUUCUUCCAGGUCUUCUCCCAAGUACAUCCCCGCACGCAGGUGCCCGUUGUCGGCAUCGUCGUCUUCGGGCUGCUCAUGGCCCUGUUGGCCCUCGUCUUUGACUUGGAGGCCCUGGUGCAGUUCCUGUCCAUCGGCACACUGCUGGCCUACACUUUUGUGGCUGCGAGCAUCAUUGUCCUGCGCUUCCAGCAGCAGAAGGUGGAUGCCCCUCCACCAGUGGCUGGUGGCCGGCCCAGCCCUGAGCCCCGCGAGGGUCCAUCCACUGGCGAGCUGAAGGAGUACGAGUCCUUCUCUGACAAGCUCCAGCUGGUGGACAGGGACAAGAGCAAAGAGCAGCGGGAGCCGGGGCAGCUGAAAGCAGCUUUCGAGCCCUACCUGGAGUUCCUCAGCGACUUCUACCCAGGCGAGGUGGUCACAGUAGCUGUGGUGACCCUGAUGGUGUCUGCCAUUUGCCUCUGCUCCAUCUUGGUGUUUGGCAACACCCACCUUCACCUGCCCACCUGGAGCUACUCCCUGCUGCUGGUCCUCUUCAGCCUGGGCUUCCUGCUCAGCCUCCUCCUCAUCUGGGCACACGAGCAGCAGCGCAACACCCAGACCUUCCAGAUUCCCCUGGUACCGCUCUCCCCGGCGCUGAGUAUCGUCCUCAAUAUCUACCUGAUGCUGAAGCUCAGCUACAUGACGUGGCUCCGCUUCGCCGUCUGGCUGCUCUUGGGUCUGCUCGUGUACUUCGGCUACGGCAUCUGGCACAGCAAGGAGAACCUGCGGGAGCCCCGGCCCCAGCGGGUCAGUGCCCGCUACGUGGUGUUUCCCAGCGGCAGCCUGGAGGAGAGGGUGCAGGCCGUCCAGCCCAGCUCCCAGCCCACCGCCGGGCUGCCGGACACCGACACCGAAGAUGGCAAGAGAUGACAUCCCGGGGGAUGGGGGCACCUGGCUGUGGCAGCAUCUGACCCCCUCCCCACGGCAAGACCAGAGACCCCCCUCUCCUCCUCCCAGUCCCUUUGGCAGCGGAGCCACCGGGGCUGCCCUGGGUUUGUGGCUGUAUCUGGAGAUGCCGAGGAUGCUCGCCCAUCCCCACCAGCUCCCCCAGAGCCGGGGGGAGGGCGGGGGGCAGGGGGGGAAGGCACUGGCUCCCUCCCUCCCUAUCACCAGCACUCAGGAACUGGGUCUCAGCCCAGGGCCUGCCCUGCUCAGGAGGAGCCACAUCCUCGCUGCCUCCCCCUGAGCACACCUGGGGGCUCUGCGGCACAGCUGCUUUCUGCUGGGGGCGCAGAGGGGUGCAGAGGGUCCCUGGGGACUGGGACUGGUCCCUCCUGGGCCCCUAGGGACCAGGAUUGUGCUGCCCUUCCUGGGUCUCGUCCUGGCUGCAGCCCACCUGCAGAAGGAGGCAGGGGACAAAUGCAUUUCCCCAUCAGCAUCGCUGCCGUCCCUGUCCCCAGCGCCACACUCCUAAAAGGCUGGGACUGAGGUGGGGCUGAGGAGCAGCUGGGGACAUGGGGUGGAGGAAGGAUGUGGCCAGAGUGAGUGGCUGGGCAGGGAGCAGAGGAAGCCGGUGUGGGCUGGCAUGGCAGAAGCCCACCUGCACAGCUGGAAGGUCCUGCUAUGGUUCUGCCCCAGCCCCAUGCUGAGUGUGAGUGCUCAGGACCCCAGAUUUGUUGUCUUCUCCUUGGAGGUCCCCAACAGCAUCCCUGGGGCUGGGCUACCCAGAGCUAGCCCCCCGCUUCCCCUGCACCCCACAGCACAGACCACGCUGCCCCCACCCCGCCAUGGGGGGCUCAGCCCCCCUGGUGCCCCUCCUGGGCUCUCAGUGGCUCGGGAUGGGCGCCGUGGGUGCUUUUCACUGUUGCCCCCUCCCUGAUGAGCAUCCCCGCGCUCUGGGACUCACCCUGGCUGCUGUGGUGUCCUGGGGGGGCCCUGAUGUGGCCACUCCUGGCUGGUUUGCCCAUGGGCAGCCUAAAGUGGAAGGGAAGGAGGGGGUUUAGUGCGUUUUGGAAGAAAUACGUGGAAGAACCAUCGAGCACGAGGUUGCCCAACUGCCAGGCCUUGCAGCGUGGCCACCCUGCUCCCUGCAGCAUCAUCUGCAUCCUGCCAGGAGCUGGGGACCGCAGGCAAACUAGUCCCAGAGCUCCUGGCUGGCCAGUCCCUGGGGGUCCCAGAGGAGCCACAGGGUCUCUGCAGGUUGUGCCGGCCCCUGGUGACCCCGCUGUCUGCCAGCGCUGCUCUGUGCCCCCGCGCUCCGCUGCUGCUGCCGCCGGAGCAGCACAUCCCUGCUGUGCUGUGGCCCUGCUUGGCACCUCUGUGUAGUGGCUUGUGAGCAACAGGCUGACUCGGUCACCCGCAUAAAUACUGGUUCUGUCAUGGCUCUGGUCGUCUGUGCUGUGUGUGUCCCCCCACAAGAGCCCACGUGGGGAAGAUGCUCCCCCCCCUUCCCCAAUGCUCAGGGAAGCCCCCCCAAACCCUCAGGAAAGGGAGAGGGACAGUGAGCAGCACUGCGAUGGGGUCACAGAAUCACAUGGGGUUGGAAGGGACCUCUGGAGAUCAUCUCCCCCAACCCCCUGCCAAA